CGCUCCCCCCGCGCUCCCCGGCGCGCUGCAAGAUGGCGGCGGGAGCCGAGAGCGGCGCGGCGCUGCCCGCGGAGCCGCCGCCGCUGAGCGCCGAGGAGGUGGCCAGGCGGCUGGCGAGCACCCGCCGCGAGCUGGGCAACCGCCGCAAGAUCCUGCUGCGGAACCUGCCGGCCGAGAGCAGCAGCCAGGAAAUCCACGACUUGUUUAAAGAUUAUGAAAUCAAGUACUGUUAUGUGGACAGGAAUAAAAGAACAGCCUUUGUCACCCUGUUAAACGGGGAGCAGGCCCAGAGCGCCAUCAGGAGGUUCCACCAGCACUGCCUGCGAGGGAAGGAGAUCUCCGUGCAGCUGCAGCCCACGGAUGCUCUGCUGUGCAUCACCAACCUGCCCCUUUCCCUCAGGAUAGAGGAGUUUGAGGAACUGGUGCGUGCCUAUGGCAACGUGGAGAGGUGUUUCCUGGUCUACAGCGAGCUCACCGGCCAUUCCAAGGGCUACGGAUUCGUGGAGUACAUGAAGAAGGACUCUGCUGCCAAGGCCAGGCUGGAGCUCCUGGGCAAGCAGCUGGAGGAGAGCACUCUGUUUGCACAGUGGAUGGAUGUGAACCAGCUGACCACAAACCUCAUUCACUCCAAGUGCCUUUGUGUGGAUAAAUUACAAAAAGACUGCGCUGAUUCGAAAGAGCUGCUCCAGGCUUUCUCCCUGAAGUACAAACCUGUGUUCUGCCAGUUUGCCCAGGACGAGGACGGCGGCAGCGGGGACUUUGCCGUGGUGGAGUACGAGAGCGCGGAGCAGGCGGAGAGCGUGCGAGGGGCCAUGGACGGGGUGACCAUCAACGGCAGGAGGGUGCAGGUGUCCUUCUGUGCCCCUGGAGCACCAGGCAGGAGCACCUUGGCAGCUCUGAUCGCAGCACAGAGGAUGAUGAGGAACAAUAGGAAAGGCUUGCUUCCAGAGCCAAAUCCAGUGCAGAUCAUGAAAAGUUUCAAUAAUCCAGCAAUGCUGCAGAUGCUGCUGCAGCCCCAGCUGCGUGGCCACGCUGUUAAACCUGUUCUUGGAGCCUCUGCAGGUUUACCUCACCUCAUAAAUUCAGCAGUGGGGCCACCUUUUUUGCAGUUGAAUAAAGUUCAUCAGAGCUCAAUUCUGGGGAGCACCUCCAGCCUGCUGCUGCAGAGCCCUGCUCACCUGCCCCUGCCCCAGCAGCAGCUCCUGAAGAUGGAAAACAUGCAGGCAAACAGUAAACCAGGUUUGCUGGGAGAGCCUCCAACAAUGCUCCUGCAGACAGUGCUGGGCAUAGGGGUGAUGCCAGCAGUGAACUCAGGCCUGGCAACACGAGGAGGAGAAGCUCUCAAGUCAGCAGCAGCAGGGAUGGGCAUGCUGCCAUUCUUCCCAAGCCAGCACAUGGUCGGAGCAGCUCUCCCCGGGCCCACCGCUGCUGCAGACAAAGGCGAGGCGGUGCCGGGAGCGCCGCCCUUCCCUCAGGCACUGCCCGGCCUCCCUCUGCGGGCAGCCCUCGGCAAAGCUCCGGGACAGCCCAAAAACUGCGACUCCAGCCUGGGGGCUCCCUUGAAAAAACAGACUUCUCUGCUUGGGGAACCCCCAAAAGAAAUUCGCCUGAGCACCAACCCCUACUUGAAUUUGGCAAGUGUUUUGCCUGGUAUCUGUCUGCCAGCAGCAAUUGCCAGCAAAGCCUCCAGUCCUCCACAGCAGAGCCUUCCAAACAGUGUCGUGGAUGCUGCUGUGUCUCAGGGAACUGCAUCACAACAUGCAAUGGAAAAUUAUUUCAGUUAUUCCCAGCAGCCUGGGGAGUACCCACAGGUGGCCCCGAAGCGCAGCUCCUCGUACCUCGCGUCCUCCCCCGAGCCCGGCCCGGCGGAGCUCCCGGCCCCGCGCUACUCCGAGUCCUCCCUCAAGAAGAAGCGCGUCUAUUGAUCCUCGCCUCGAUCCAUGGAUUCCCUGGAUUCCCUGGAUUCCCUGGAUUGCAGCCCGCGGGCAGGGAGGGCAGCCGGGAAUCGCUCUGUAUUUAUUGCUGCCUUAACUGCCCCCAAGGCUGUCCCAGGAGGGGCCAGCUCUGUGCCGCCACAGCCCAGGACAAAGGUGACAAAGGUGACAAAGGUGGCGGCUGCUCUCACGCGGAGAGGAGGGGACAGUGUUGGCUUUGUCACCUGCGGGCUGAGGGACAGAGCACAAGGACCUGGGGAGCUGGGGCAGCUCCAGCUGAAAGCAAUAAAAACCCAGAGGAAAGAAAGCUGAUCCUUUCUCCAGUCCUCAGCCUGAGGAAGUUAAAAGAGGAAGUCUUGAUAGUAAGUAUUUUGUAUUUUUUUAACUCAGAAUAUGGGGGGUUUUUUUCCAACUUUCCUUUUUUUCCAGGAUUAAGAGCUCUGCAUUGACAGCCUCUCGGUUUUUAGUGUUUGUUCUUAAUCCUGGAAUGGAGCGAUACCAAAUGGAUUCCCAGAGCCUCGGUGAUGUUCUCAAUAAAUGCCUGUUCAAAGGGAGAUGCUACCUGUGCUGCCUUGGAAUAUUCCCUGGGAUUUGGAGAGCUGCUCCUUGGACAGUGGAAUAACUUUGUUUUUAGGCUGAGAAUCCACAGCUAGCCCAUGGAGGAAAGAAAUCCCAGUGUGAGGCAGCAUCCUCCUUCCCCAGGUGUGGGACAGCUCAUCCUGGGCCACCCCACGUUGUUUCCCACUUUUGAGUGCAUUUUCCUUUUUUUUUUUUUUUUUUAUAAGACUUUUUGUAUUUUUAGCUUAUUAUCAGCUCUGCCUCGAGUUGUUCUCUUCUGCCCUUGGAGCUGGAGAUCAGCAGUCCCUCCUUUUGCCAUCAGUGACAGGUAAAUGAGGAGCCAGCCCUCAUUCCAAGGCUUUCCCCCCUUGGAAUCCUGCUGCAAAUCCAUUUGGAUGGAGUUCACUGAGGCCAGGAGCCACCUCCUCCUCCCUUUUCUUUGCUAGAGAACACUGAAGCCAUUUUUCAAUACUGAUUUUUUUAAAUUAAAAGUCUUAAACUUUUGCCUUUCAAGCUUUGGGAUGUGACCAGGGUCCACAUUUUCAAAGCUUAAAAAAAUCCCAAUUGAAUUCCCUCUUCCCUCAGCUGCUGGAACUGCUCCCCAAACAGGAGCCAGGAGCUUUUCUGGGAUUCUGCCUGUAUGUAUUGAUAAAUUCACUUGUAAUAUUUUGUUUCAACUGUUUGUAUAUGCAACUUUCUCAACUUGUUACACUUUUCAAUGAAAAUAAAUUGUUGGUACUUA